AUGGAUACUUCUCAGCAAAUCUCCUUUCCCGCUGCAAUCGCCGAGUGGUUGUCAAACAGUUUUCCGGCCUCUGCUCUGAAUUUUCCCCAGGUUGCUGCUUCCGAUCUACCACAGAAUGCUGCUUCUCAUAUACCCCAGGAUGCUGCUUUCAAAUCUUCACAGGAUGCCGCUUCUGAUAGAGCACAGUAUGCUGCUUCUAAUCUUUCACAGAAUGCUGUUUCUGAUCUACCACCAGGCGAUGAUGUCGAGGGAGCCGAGGUCCACAGUCCCAACUCGCAAUCUUCGACCGCAACGACCUUCUACGACGUCUACUCAGAUGGCCCUAAUUUACCCAACCUACCAGUUGAGAUCUUCGGCAUGAUCAUUUCGCAAAUUUCCAGACAGGAUGUCAGGAAUCUACGAGUCGUCUGUAAACUCUGCGAAGCCAACGCAUCACCAUACUAUUUCAAAAAUGUCGUCGUUCCCUUCCGCACCCAGAUGCUUCGCUCAAUAUCUCCAGACAGAGGUGGCAAGCUUCAAAACUUGUCAAACAGCAUGCUUUCCAACGGUGGGCGAAUCUUUGGCGAAUUUGGUCACAUUAUCCGUCGAUUUGCCCUUUCUCUCGAGCUCGACGAAGACACCCUCGAGUAUCCUCCACAAAAACCUAAGCAGCAAGUAAUACGCUCCUACUGGGGAUUGUAUCGAUGGCCGCAUGCUACAUACAGUCGAUAUCAAGAGGUCAGUGGCAUUGAAAACGUCGCCGACGAGUUUCUACACAUGAAAGCAGCCUUGCGAUGCCUUAGCCAUGUCACAGAGCUCGGCCUUUGCUCCGACGCAGGUCUAGGUUUCUUAUCCGGCCCCAACAUCAGGGCAAGAUAUAAUGCCAUUCGUCAUCGUGUCUUUCACGACCCGUACGGCGAGAGGAACAAGAUCAGCCUCGGAAGUACACCGCCAUCUGUGGUGACCGUCGGAGAUGCACUUCCAGCUUCUGGUGACAGGUCUCAAGAAGCCGGCAGUGUGCUUCAGAAUUGGAAGAUGAGUAUGAUGGAAGCAAUGCUUCGAGAUGCUGGGUUUGAAGAAGGAGAGCUGCUGGACGCAUUGGCCCUUCUUUUGAAAACAGAAGGCAAGACGUCACUGGCCGAUAUGGACUUUGCUGCAAGCCACACGCCCUCCAUACCGAAAGAGAGGAUCGAAGUUGAAAAUUGGGACUUGCUUCCUGCGUUUUAUCCAAUACGUUCUUCGUUAUCCUGGUCCCUUGAUAAACAACCGCCCAAAAGGACAGAUUAUGCGUUGGUGCCGGCGGCAUUGACGCUUGCGCAAAAGGAAAUGCUUCUCGAACUCGAGUGGGCUCACCGUGCCAUGGCUCAGUCGUUUAUACUGUCCGCAAUCGAUUGCUCUAUCGAGGGUUCCUUUCAACAUGUCACGACACUCAACAUUGCCAAAAUACCUAGCUCUCAUCUGCAUAUUCUGAGCCGACAUGAUCUCUGGUCGUCUUUCCCAUCCCUGACCAGUGUUUCUUUGGGUGUGGUAGCGGACUGGCGUCGUUUUCAUGUGUCCGCACCUGAAAUGGUUGACGAGGUGUCUGUGUCGCCGCUCGAUGCUGUCCCACUGGCUCACGCGUUAAUCAAAGACUACAUCAGUGUCGAGCCCAAGAUUGAGAGUUUCCACUUUGAAUGGAUAUGUGGUGGGGAACUAGCUACUGGAUGUCACCAACGAAGCCAGCAUAUUCUACCUGCGCCGUUUGUCGCAUCACCAGCGACCAUGGCGCGACCAGCCAUGGGCAAUGUCGGCACCGAUAGCGCGCUGCUGCGGCUCCCAUACGUGAAGCAUCUGUCGCUCAAGAAUUGCUGGGUGGCACCGCAUGUGCUGCUUCAAUCUCUGCGCGAUUAUGCUCUCUGCUCCCUGGAGAGGGUUGAAUUCGAAGGCGUCUCGCUGUCUGUGAUGCCAUGGAUCACCGCAGACCCACCGCCUCAUGAUUUGGUCGAUCUGGGAACUGGCCUUACAGCAGCCAAUGUGAUUCUGCUGAACGUGCCGGAAUUGCAGGAUGAGCUCCUUUCCCUGAAGCAGCCUUCUUGGAUGUCGUGGGCGGGGCUCAUUGAGCACUUUUCGCCAUCUGCCAAGGUCCGGGAUGCGAUUGACUGCGGUGAGGACGCCACUGUCAGGGCAAGCAGUGCUCAACAGAGAGAGGAUACGCUCGAAGUUUUGACACGCAUCAUUCCUGAUGCGAGAGAGCUGUCAAUGGAAGAGACUCUAUACGCACUCGAGUCACUCACAUUCAAGUCUUGUGGCUAUGUCAAUCUUGACCAUGAGCGCUUUCACCUAGCCUCCAUGAUUACGGCAUCUGAAUUGUCGCUACUUUCUGCCACUCUUCCUACUGUUUCAGAGUUCACACCCUUCAUGCAGCGCUGUAAUAAGAAGCUCGUUGGACGAAUUGUGAAUGUCGAGAUGCAAAAUGACAAACUUCCAUUUGAGAGAGUCUUCAACUUCACGAUGGGCUGGCAGGGUGUUUACGACAGCACCAUAAUCGAUGCUGCUGAAGCUGACAACUGUCAAAGACUUGGUGUGGGACGGUUUUCUGGUCAUCUAGCCAAAGAUGACAGUGUUUAG